AUGGGUAUUAUUACGAGAUCGAAGAGCAUCGGUCUCACAGCAAUAGUUACAUCCUCUCCUGCUUCUCCAUCCAUCAAACAUAAUAAUACAAAACUACGUAGCCGAGCAAAAUCACGCUCAACCGCAUAUCGUUCUGCCUCUCAUUCUCCAAUUAAUCUUCGACAUAAUCAAUCAAAAUCAACUACGCUAAAACGUUCAAAAACGGCUUUACGUACACGUUCUAACAGUAGCUCAUCAUCGUCCUUAUCAUCUCUUCAAUCAAUGUCUCAAUCAUCUUCAUCUUCUUCUACCAUCUCGAUCGAUUCUAUUUCGUCUGACUUGAAUAAUCUAAGUUUAAAUAACACUUCUACAAUUCUUACUUCGACAUCAUCAUCUGAAAUUAAUCACCUACCACAACCUAGUGAAAUUACCGUUAUCAAAAAAGCAUGA